AUCCAAUUCAUCCAACUGUGCAAAACGUUGCAUGAUAUGCUGAUUGCGGAAAAAGAAAAUCAACAAUUAUGUGCAUUAUUGCCAGAAGUUGUCACUCUGCUUUUCCAACUUGGCGAAACCCAACGUGAAUUGCAAGCUACACUAGAAGCUGAAUUAGCCGAUGCCAUGAAGGAGGACGAGGUUUCUGAAGCUCCGACAGCUGAAUCAAAGCCAGAAGACGAGGAUUUGGAAGUGGCCGAGGACCUUGACACAGCGCAGCGUCGGCGAAUUGCUGAAACUCGAACAGGAAUGGGUGAAAACGAGUGGAGGGUCAAUUUCGAACAAAUCCUUGCCACCGUACUCAGUGAAGCACCCUUGGCCAACUACUUCGAGACGAAAUACUCUUUGCAAGGACUCGUUAAAAGGGUGAUUCUUAAUAUGGCUGCUUCAGGUAUCGAAAGAAUCGAUUUGCUUCGUCGUCCAGAAGCGGCUCCGAGUCGAAUGGUUCGCAGUAGUAAUCGCUUGCUGAAUAUUUAUUUUGUUUAUAUUAUACUAUUGUCUAAUCACUUCACUCGGUGA